AUGCUCGAUCCCAUCCCACCACCGCCUGGGUGGCUGCAGGCUCUGGUGACGCCUGCGGCCGAAGCACUGCAGCUGCCCUCUCUGCCGUUCCAUAUCCACGAGGUCGUGUUCGCCUACCUUCUUUACCAGACCAUCGAGAGUGUCGUUUCACCCUGGCUGUCCAAUGCUCUGUUUCCAAACAUCUAUCGGAGACUGAACAGGCGAACAAGAAUCAACUGGGACGUCCAUGUGGUCUCUCUCGUUCAGUCAUGCCUGAUCAACGCCCUAGCACUAUGGUGGCUCAUCCAGGCCUUUGCGACCGGCUACUUCGUGUGGGACUUGAUAGUCAGCACACGACAUUUCAGUAUCUUUGGCAUCGGCAUCUGGUUCCAUGCCAUCAGCGCCCUAAGCGUUUUUGCUCUGGGAUUCAGGCCGUUCGUAAAUUACUACGGUCCAGUAUUCAUCCUUUACGAGCUAUCGACGCCAUUUCUUAACAUCCACUGGUUCUGCGACAAGCUCAACAUGACUGGUGGGACAUUACAAUGGUACAAUGGCAUCAUGCUGUUGGCAACCUUCUUUUGCUCGCGCCUCUGCUGGGGCACAUACCAGUCAUGGCUUGUAUUCCAGGACAUCUGGACCGUGCUCCAAGACUAUCCAUCAGCCCCGGCGCACGUGCGAGAUGUCCAUGCCAGUCCCGCUGCCGCAAUAUUCGUCCCACGCGAUGGACAGCUCUGCAUGGGUCAAGACACGUGCUUGAGGGCGCAGAGCGAGGUCAUGAAGUUCGCGAAUGACAGGACGCCAUACGUGCCGCUGUGGUUGGGACUGGUGUACCUGGCGAGUAAUUUUAUCCUACACACUCUCAAUUUCUACUGGUUCGGAAGGAUGAUUGAGACUGUCCGGAAGAGGUUCGACGACAAGCCAAAGACAGACAAGCUCCAGAGGCGUCAGAGCAUCAUUGAGGAGAUGGCCGACGAGCUCGAUCAGGGAGAGAUCUCGGGGUAUGGCGUACCUACGCCGGGCGUAGAGAAGAGCGAGCAGCAAGCUUUCAGCACGGCAGUAGACGGAGACAGCAACACGACAACGCGCAGGAAAGAGCUGUAA